CACGCGCGCGCACUUAGUUGCCCAAAGAAUCCGCUUAAUUUUGUUGUUUAGGACAAACGGACGGCCAGUGGCUCUAACUAAGAUUUGUUAGUUGUGGGCAAUCAUGGAAAUUGCAAGCUCCAGUCCGUUUGUCCAAUUGGAAAGGAAGAUAUCCUGAAACGUUAGAAUGAGGGGAUAAAAAGAGGAUUAGGUGCGUGCUUUUUUGGCGUGAGUGGGAAGCAUAUUCUGUACGCACAAAUAAUUCUUGCAAAAUUAGUGUGUUUCAACACAGACGUGGUGGUGGGCAGGGCAGGGCAGGGUCGAGCCGUCGAGGUGGUGGUCAAUAUAAGAAAGGGUGGCGUUGGUCCCUGUGGUGGUGUUUUCUUUCUCUCUUCCAACGAUAAAAACAAUCAAAGUAUACGAGGUUGUCCGCCACAUUUCGGACCGGCGUCCAAAAUUGCUCAGAUUACCUUUCAACCCAAGAUGGCAGAGACAGCGGUGGAGUCGCGAAAAGACAGUGGAAAGUUGGAGCACAAUGUUAGGGAAGAUAGCGAAUAUGUUAGGCUUGUUAUAUCUGACGAACCAAGAGUUGGUGACUUCGACAUUUCACAAGUUCAAUCGAGAGCGAGGAUUAAAGCUUUCAUACGGUGGAUCAAAGCUUUAAUUUGGUGCCUUGUUAUUGCCACAUUAGUUCUUGUUUUCUUGAAAUGGGGUGUUUCAUUUCUUUUUGACAAGGUUCUCUUGCCAAUGAUGGAAUGGGAAGCAACUGCCUUUGGCCGUCCGGUCCUCUCCCUUGUGCUUACUGCUUCUCUUGCCUUGUUCCCAGUGUUCCUAAUUCCUUCCGGUCCUUCCAUGUGGUUGGCUGGGAUGAUCUUUGGAUAUGGUAUUGGUUUCGUGAUAAUCAUGGUUGGAACCACUAUUGGGAUGGUCCUGCCCUAUUUGAUCGGGCUAGUUUUCCGUGAUCGCAUCCAUCAAUGGUUGAAGAGAUGGCCCCAGAAAGCUUCUAUGAUUAGACUUGCUGGGGAGGGAAGCUGGUUCCAUCAAUUUAAAGUGGUUGCCAUCUUUAGGGUUUCACCAUUUCCCUACACAAUUUUCAACUAUGCAAUAGUGGUAACAAGUAUGAGAUUUUGGCCCUACUUAUGGGGUUCAGUUUCCGGAAUGGUACCAGAAGCUUUUAUCUACAUAUACAGUGGUAGGUUAAUAAGGACAUUUGCUGAUGUGAAGUAUGGGAACUAUCACUUGACUACUGUGGAAAUAAUAUACAACAUCAUCUCCUUCAUCAUUGCAAUUGUUACUACUGUUGCCUUUACUAUUUAUGCGAAACGAGCUCUGAAGGAGCUUGAAAGGGCAGAGGCUACUGAAGAAGUUCCACCCUCCCACCAAGAAAGUCAUGAGAUGGGAAAGCUUCCACUUGAAAGACCUAAGCGUGCAGGUUUGUCAUCUUUUUCAUUAUAGUCUGAAUAAGUAGGAGGAAAAUAUAUGUACCUGUUGAAAUUGACAUGUUAGAUGGCAUUUGUAGGCUAGGUGAUCGUUGUAACUUCCUUGUUCAUUUUUUUUUUUUUUUUGAGGGGGGUUUAUGUUUGUAACUACAAAAAUAGAAUUCAGAAGGAAAAUUAGGGGACGUAAAAGGUGAAACUUCCUAGCAUAUUUUUCCGUGCUUGUUUUCUUUCUUACCAUUCAAGAAACAACUUUUUUGUUUAUUAUCUUCUGAAUGAUAUUAAUCUUAUAUUUUUAGUAAA